AUGUGCCGUCUCUCACGAUUUUUUCAAUGCCCAGUGGAGGGGGCUGAGGAAUCCAGACGCCUGGGUCACCCCGAGGGUUUCUGCGGCUCCGGUCGCCCCGUCCCUGUCCCGGUUCUCCCGCUCCUCCGAGCCUUGGAUCCGUUCCUCCUCGUCGAGCUUGCCUGGCUCGGUACCAAUCUCCCCAGCUCUCCCCUGGGUGUCCUUGCAACUACCUCGCCAGUCCUUCCCUCUGUGCGCCCCCCUCCCGUGAUCUGCACUUCAAGAAGGGAGCUGGGCAAUCCCCCACGACCACCUACGCGGCUCAGAAAUGGGGCCCCACAGGCUCAGGAGACCCUCUGCCGUGAGGAAUUCAGACACACUACACGGCUGGAUGCCCGCACGGAAACUGGAGGUCGUACCAUCUACGAGGGGGUCCCGGGAUCUUGGCCGCAAGCGCCAGAGCCUCAGCUCAAAGGCAUCGUCACCAAACUGUUCUGCCGCCAGGGUUUCUACCUCCAGGCGAAUCCCGAUGGGAGCAUCCAGGGCACCCCAGAGGACACCAGCUCUUUCACCCACUUCAACCUGAUCCCUGUGGGGCUCCGUGUAGUCACCAUCCAGAGUGCCAAGCUGGGUCACUACGUGGCCAUGAACGCUGAGGGGCUGCUCUACAGCUCGCCACAUUUCACAGCUGAGUGUCGCUUUAAGGAGUGCGUCUUUGAGAAUUACUAUGUCCUGUACGCCUCUGCUCUCUAUCGCCAGCGUCGUUCUGGCCGGGCCUGGUACCUGGGCCUGGACAAGGAGGGCCGAGUCAUGAAGGGAAAUCGAGUCAAGAAGACCAAGGCAGCCGCCCACUUUGUGCCCAAGCUCCUGGAGGUGGCUGUGUACCGGGAGCCUUCUCUCCACAGUGUCCCUGAGACCUCCCCUUCCAGUCCCCCUGCCCCCUGCCAUGUAGUCCCCAGACUGGAGGCUCCCUGCUCUAGCCACCACCACAGCCUGUCUCCCAGCCCUGCUUCUGGCCCUGCUCUCACCCCUGCUGCCACACUCAUGCCCUGAGCAGCCAUGUCCCACCAGGUGCUCUACCCUGAGGGAGCCUAGGGGCCGGCCAUGACUUCCGGGGCUGCUGAGACCCUUAGAUCCUUGGGACCGGGAAAGGGGUCAGAGAGAGGGACGUCUGAAAAUGGUCCUGGCUGAUCACUUCUUUCCUUCCACACUCACACCCUCCAAAGCCUUUUCCCGAGAUGGUGUGGGGGGGUUCCAAAACUGACAAAACCAGGGCAUAAAUCUUCCCCACCCCGGGCUCAGCCAGUUCCUGGAGCCCUUUGCCCUUUUCAUGGCCACCAAGCCAUAGACUUAUAGGUCCACUGCAGCUCAGGUUAGUUUCCUUCUUUCGCUUCUCCACCUUUUGCCUUGUUCCAGACAGGCUCUGGAACACCAGGCACCCCAGCCAGGGCCAUUUCUGCACCCAGGGUCUGUGCUGGAACACAGGCAUGCUGCCAGGCUCUGUUCUGGAUCCAUCAGGCUUCUGUCCUUCACCCAGAUGGACCCCUGGUUUCCAAUUAGAGAGUAGCUGGAUUGGGGCCCUGUCCAGCUGUUGGUCUUGGCCUGAAUUGGGCCAGUCUCAGAUCACCACAGGUUUAACUUUCUUACCCCAGAGACACCCAAUUCUAGAGCGUGGUGUUCUAGACACAUACAGAGCCAUACUUCCUUCUGAAUCUCAGCUCUAGGACAUAGACCACGACUCUCAGCCCUUCCCUCUAGGAUGGAACUAGAGCCUAUAUAGGCAUGUUAUUGCUCUAGAGUAAGAGUUCUAGACCCACGCUUCCACUUUCUCUAGUGAUACCUGUUAAGCAGGCGCUCUGGAAAGGACCCAGUUAUGAUUCACAAAGAACUAAGUCCAGAACUUCUUGUUUUCCCUAGACAAUUUUCCAAAAAUCUUAUUCUUCCUAUAGAAUGCUAACCUUAUUUUUUACAUGCAGUUUCUAGCUCCUGCAACUCAGCUGGGGUCCUGCCAGGGAACAGAGGCUGAGGAAGGGCAGAGGAGUUUUGGAAGGAAUCCCUGGCUCAUAGAAGGGCAGCUAGGAUGGGAAAGUGGCCAGAACCAUGGCAUGACUGGACCUGUGCCUGGGUUGGGGGGACAUGAACACUUAGCUACCUCAGCAGGAAUUCCUUCCAGGUCCCCUUUAAAGCUGAGGUCUUUAGGGUAAUGGGUCUAGAAUAAAAAAGACAAAUGGGACAUAGCUUUGAACCCCCUCAAAUGAGGAGACACCAAUUCAGCAAUAAGUCCCACCCUUCUCCCCUACAGGUCAGGCCAAGGAGGGUGAGGGUCUCUUGGUCUCUAGACCUCAUACACCCCUCCAGCUUCUAACUGAAUAGAACUGGCUUUACCUCAGCUGGGUGUUAGGUACCCAAAAAGGCUCUGCUCCCAGGGGACCAGUCUCCACUCCAUGCUUUCUCAAUUAAAGACG